UAUGUUCAUUAUAUUUCAAAAUUUUGUCAUUAUCUCGAUUUUCUCGGUAGCCAAACAGAUUCGUGAUUGUGAAACACAAUGGGAACUUCCGACGUUCUGGAGUUGGAGACAUAACGAGUUUAAUUUGCUUUACGGAAUUGGUUUUGUUCACCAUGGCUCGGUGACUAGAAGUGGAAGUGGGUUGACUUUCGAUUUGGGGAAGUUGUCGUGUUAUGUUUUCUUUUCUGAGCUGACCGGAGUUUAGAUUGUUCAUAUGUCUGUCUAUUUGAUUGGCUGAAGGUGAUAUGACGGGAAACAUACCUGAGAUCCAAAGUAGAUGUGUAGAGAAUGAUACUUGUCUUGCUGACAAUGCAAAUGCUUCUGCUGGUUCUCCUAAAACUUCUCCAGAAGUCUUUCCAUCUGCUAUUGAAUUCUAUGUCUGGUCUGAUGAGGGGAUUAAUCUGUUCGUGGAUUUAAAUUCUAGCCCUUUGGACUGGACCGAAAGAUUAAAAAAUGAGGUUUACAUCUGUGAGAGCAUCUACAGAGACAAAUGUCUGCAACAGAAUCUCUGUUGGUUUAAAGGUCAUAAAGAAUUUGCCAAGUCUUUUCAGUGGAACAAUCAUCCUGGCCUGUUGAAGGAUGACUAUUUACAGAAAGAGGCUCCAUCCAGUUCGAACCUGAUGACAGAUAACUGCAUGGUGACUGACCAACUAGAUGAAGCUAAUGGAUCUGUAAUCUUCUCUGCAAUUACGUCUCGUGCCAUUAAUGCAGAUGCAUCUGAGCAUAUAGAUGAAGAUCAGACAAUCAUUUCUUCUGAAACUUAUUUUGAUGUGCAGAACCAGAAACUUGCUGGGUCUGAAAUUUGUACUGAAGAGGAUAAUCGUGAAAUGAAUCUUGAUAAUGAUAUGAACAAUGCUUUACGAAAAACAGAAAUUUCUGAUCCAGGUUCUGGUGGUCCAUCUAGUCUUUCCACAUCAGACCAUCAAAAUCUUAUAAGUGAAAUUUGUGAAACUUCAACACUACAGAAUAGCUGCCGUAUUUUAAAUCUCUCUGUGGAUAAUCCAGGAAGCUUAGCCGCUGGUUCUAUGGACAUGGAAUCAUCCGAUAUUGAACAAUGCCCUACAGACGUUUCUGAUUACAGCUUGCAAACAAGUACAGAGAAGUUGGAGAGGAACAACUUAAGUGCUACAAUGGAGAUUUCAGAAUACUCUCAAUUUCCUGAAUCUUUGGAGAAGCUGUUGCCUGUAUCUCAUAUUCUCGAGUCUAAUGGAGCACAUAAGAGGAAGAAACUCCCUAAAAAUGAAACAAGACGUUGUUAUAGUGAACCAGAUAGAAGAGUUGUAAGAAAUGUAACUAAAAAACGGGGGCUGCCUAGAAGAUCCAGGCGGCUCAUUUUAAAGACUGUGAGUUCGUAAAGUGCAUUGGGAAAUGAUGGAACAUGGAAGAAUCAGUUUCUUCACAUCUACAGUGGUCUAAGGAAGAAUCACAUUAAUAGUUGCGUUGAAUCAAACAUCUUUUUCCUGGGAAAGAACAAGCUUGUAUGCAGGUUUCUUCUUCAGUUGGAUGGUAAGAACUCUUUAUCAUGUUAUGGAAGAAAUCAUGUGUGUAAUGCUGGUGAGUUUCUUAUGUGAAGGAAUUCGUAUUAACAAGAUUCUUUAGUGA